AUGGACGGAACAGAGAAAGUGAAAGGUUCACAACCACAUCAGGGGCACCAUAGCUAUAGCAGAAGCAUAAGCAGGAGUUUUAGCAGAGCAAGUUGGAGAAUGGAAGAAGUGUUUGUGAGUGCCUCGCACUCUCGGAGAAGCAGCCACGUGGAUGAAGAUGAAGAAGCUCUGAAAUGGGCAGCCAUUGAGAAACUGCCCACAUAUGAUCGGCUAAGAACAAGCAUCAUCAAGUCCUGUGUGGAAACAGAACCUCAAGGACACCACCACAACAACAACAAAGUGGUGCAUAAGGAGGUUGACGUUCUAAAGCUCGACAUAAACGACCGUCAAAAUUUCAUUGACAGGAUUUUUAAGGUUGCAGAGGAAGACAAUGAGAAGUUCUUGAAAAAGUUCAGAAGUAGAAUUGAUAAGGUUGGGAUCAGACUUCCAACAGUGGAAGUUAGGUUUGAGCAUUUGAACGUUGAAGCCGAUUGCCAUGUCGGCACCAGAGCUCUUCCCACCCUCCCAAAUGUUGCUCGGAACAUUGCAGAAUCAGCUCUUGGCUUAAUUGGGAUUAGAUUGGCUAAGAGAACAAAGUUAACAAUUCUCAAAGAAGCCUCUGGCAUUAUUAAACCAUCAAGGAUGGCCCUUUUACUAGGUCCCCCAUCCUCAGGGAAAACAACCCUUUUGCUGGCACUAGCUGGGAAAUUGGACCCAGCCUUGAAGGUUAAAGGAGAAAUCACUUACAAUGGGUACAAGCUGAAUGAAUUUGUGCCGCAGAAGACAUCUGCAUACAUUAGCCAAAAUGAUGUUCAUACAGGAGUUAUGACAGUCAAAGAAACCCUAGAUUUUUCAGCAAGGUGCCAAGGGGUUGGUACUCGAUAUGAACUUCUUUCUGAGCUUGCUAGAAGAGAAAAGGACGCUGGAAUAUUUCCAGAUCUAGAAGUAGACCUUUUCAUGAAGGCUACUUCAAUGGGAGGAAUUGAGAGCAGUCUCAUUACAGAUUAUACUCUAAAAAUUUUGGGACUUGAUAUUUGCAAGGAUACAAUUGUUGGAGAUGAGAUGCGGAGAGGGAUUUCUGGUGGGCAGAGAAAACGAGUUACCACAGGUGAGAUGAUUGUGGGGCCUACUAAAACAUUGUUCAUGGAUGAGAUCUCAACGGGUCUAGAUAGCUCCACGACAUUUCAAAUAGUGAAGUGCCUACAACAAAUUGUACACAUCACUGAGGCCACAAUCUUGAUGUCCCUACUCCAACCUGCUCCUGAGACGUUCGAUCUCUUUGAUGACAUCAUCCUUCUAUCGGAAGGCCAGAUCGUCUACCAGGGCCCACGUGAGAACAUUUUAGAGUUCUUUGAGAGCUGUGGAUUUCAAUGCCCAGAGAGAAAAGGGACUGCUGAUUUCUUGCAAGAGGUUACAUCAAGAAAAGACCAAGAACAAUAUUGGAACGACAGAAGGAAGCAAUACAGAUACGUAUCAGUUACAGAAUUUGCAAACAGGUUCAAACGCUUCCAUGUGGGCAUGAGGCUCGAAAAUGAGCUCUCAAUCCCUUUCGACAAGCCUCGCGGCCACAAAGCAGCUCUUGUGUUCACAAGAUAUUCAAUACCCAAAAUGGAGCUUCUCAAGGCCUGCUUUGACAAAGAACGGCUGCUCAUUAAGAGGAACUCCUUCAUCUACAUCUUCAAGACGGUCCAAAUUAUAAUAUGUGCAUUUAUAGCCUCCACCGUUUUCUUGAGGACCGAAAUGAACACUAGGAAUGAAGAUGAUGGAGCAGUUUAUGUUGGUGCACUUAUAUUUUCCAUGAUCGUUAACAUGUUCAAUGGUUUUGCUGAGCUCUCUUUGACCGUUGCAAGGCUCCCUGUGUUUUACAAGCACAGAGACCUACUCUUCCACCCUGCUUGGACUUUCACUGUCCCAUCUGUCCUGCUUGGGAUUCCUAUAUCCAUCUUGGAAUCUUGUAUUUGGAUGGCCAUUACAUAUUACACCAUUGGAUUUGCACCAGAAGCUAGCAGAUUUUUCAAGCAUCUAUUGUUGUUAUUUUUGCUCCAACAAAUGGCUUCUGGGAUGUUUAGGCUUAUUGCAGGAGUCUGCAGGACCAUGAUCAUAUCGCACACUGGGGGCACUCUCAUCGUGCUCAUUGUUUUCAUGCUUGGAGGUUUCAUAAUUCCUAGAGGUGAAAUUCCCAAGUGGUGGAUUUGGGGAUACUGGGUUUCACCUAUGACAUAUGGCUUCAAUGCUCUGACUGUAAACGAAAUGUAUUCUCCGAGGUGGAUGAACAAACUGGUAUGCCAUACAAGGCUCUUCCUUGCAUGCAUCGUUGAUGAGCUAGAUUUGUUUAACAAAAAGGCUUCAGAUAAUGUUACCAGCUUGGGUGUGGCAGUGCUAAAUAACUUUAAUGUUUACCCUGACAAAUACUGGUAUUGGAUUGGAGCUGCCGCUAUUCUUGGGUUUGCAGUUCUCUUCAACGUCCUUUAUACGCUUGCGCUUAUGUACCUAAACGCUCCCGGAAAGCCACAAGCCAUAAUAUCCGAAGAAGUGGCAAACGAAAUGGAGGCAGACCAAGAAGAAUCAAAGGAAGAACCAAGGCUUAGAAGGCCCCCGUCAAAGAAAGACUCAUUUUCUAGAUCUUUAUCUUCUACUGAUGAAAACAACUCAAGAGAAAUGACAAUCCGGAGAAUGAACAGUCGAUCCAAUGCCAAUGGACUAAGUAGAAAUGCUGAUUCGUCUCUUGAAAUCGCCAGUGGUGUUGCCCCAAAGAGAGGAAUGGCUCAAACCUUCACUCCUCUUGCAAUGUCCUUUGACAGUGUUAAUUAUUAUGUGGACAUGCCCCAUGAAAUGAAGGAAGGAGGAGUGGCAGAGGACAGGCUGCAACUACUUCGUGAAGUAACUGGUGUAUUUAGGCCUGGGGUCUUGACUGCUCUAAUGGGGGUCAGCGGGGCUGGGAAGACAACUUUGAUGGAUGUCUUAGCAGGAAGAAAGACCGGUGGGUAUAUUGAGGGGGACAUUAGAAUUUCUGGGUACCCUAAGAAGCAAGAAACGUUUGCAAGAAUUUCUGGUUAUUGUGAACAAACAGAUAUCCACUCACCCCAAGUCACUGUCAAAGAGUCACUGAUUUACUCAGCUUUCCUUAGGCUCCCUAAAGAAGUCAACAAUGAGGAAAAGAUGAUUUUUGUAGAUCAAGUGAUGGAAUUAGUCGAGCUAGACGGUCUCAAAGAUGCUUUAGUGGGGCUUCCAGGAAUUUCAGGGUUGUCAACUGAACAAAGAAAGAGGUUAACAAUUGCAGUUGAGCUUGUUGCUAAUCCCUCAAUCAUUUUCAUGGAUGAGCCAACAUCAGGUCUUGAUGCAAGGGCAGCUGCAAUUGUUAUGAGGACUGUUAGAAACACUGUGGACACAGGGAGAACAGUUGUCUGCACAAUUCAUCAGCCUAGCAUUGAUAUCUUUGAGGCCUUUGAUGAGCUGCUACUGUUGAAGAGAGGAGGACAAGUUAUCUACUCGGGACCCUUGGGCCGCAAUUCUCACAAGAUUGUCGAAUAUUUUGAGGCAGUUCCUGGUGUGACAAAAAUCAAAGAGAAGUAUAAUCCAGCCACAUGGAUGCUAGAGGCGAGCUCGGUAUCAACUGAGCUUCGGCUUAGAAUGGACUUUGCUCAACACUACAAAUCAUCUUCCUUGUACCAGAGAAACAAAGCUUUAGUAAAGGAGUUGAGCACACCACCAGCAGGAGCAAAAGACCUCUAUUUUACUACUCAGUAUUCUCAGUCAUCAUGGAAGCAGUUCACGUCUUGCCUCUGGAAGCAGUGGUGGACUUAUUGGCGAAGUCCUGAUUAUAACCUUGUUAGAUUCUUUUUCACCUUGGUAGCUGCACUUCUGCUUGGAACUAUUUUCUGGAAGGUUGGCACUAAAAGAGAAAGCACAGCUGAUCUUUCCAUGAUUAUUGGGGCUAUGUAUGCUGCUGUGCUUUACGUUGGAAUCGAUAACUGCGCUACAGUUCAGCCAAUUGUUGCGAUUGAACGAACAGUUUUCUAUCGAGAAAGAGCUGCUGGGAUGUACUCUGCAUUACCUUAUGCACUGGCACAGGUCAUUGUUGAAAUACCAUAUGUGUUUAUUCAAACUACAUAUUAUACAGCGAUAGUGUAUGCUAUGGUGAGCUUCCAAUGGACAGCAGCAAAGUUCUUCUGGUUCUUCUUCAUCAACUUCUUCUCAUUCCUUUACUUCACAUACUACGGAAUGAUGACCGUUUCCAUCACACCAAACCACCAAAUAGCAGCCAUAUUCGCAACAGCAUUUUAUUCGGUCUUCAAUCUCUUCUCAGGUUUCUUCAUCCCAAGACCCAGAAUACCCAAGUGGUGGGUUUGGUACUACUGGAUCUGUCCAGUGGCAUGGACAGUGUAUGGAUUGAUAGUGUCGCAGUAUGGUGAUAUUGAGGACACCAUUAGAGCACCUGGGAUCACACCUGACCCUACUGUGAAAGGGUACAUAGAAGACCAUUUUGGAUAUGAUCCAAACUUCAUGGGACCAGUGGCUGGGGUUCUGGUUGGCUUCACACUCUUCUUUGCCUUCAUGUUUGCCUACUGCAUAAGGACACUGAACUUCCAAGUUAGAUAG